GAGCAACAACUUCUUCGACAAUACAGCCACAUUACUGAUAGCCAUAGCAUGCAACAUGACUCAGAUUGAUUGUAUAGCACUUGAAAAUGAGAUACUCGAACUCGAACUGCGACUUAAAAACGCCCGGAGUCGGUUACAGAAGACACACGAAAAUGUCGCCCAUGAAGAGUCUCCUGAUUCGGGGUCUACAGACAUCAAAUAUCAACUAUCACCAUUCGUACACUCGCUCCUUCUGAUAUCCGACUCGGCUUUACCGCUCGGCUCAUUUGCUUACUCGAGCGGCCUAGAAUCAUUUCUAGCGCAUCAGAAAGCAACACCACAAUCAAUUCCACCUAUUCCGCCUAUUGUUUCCUUUAGAAAAUUUCUCAAUUUGUCAAUCUCUUCCGUAUCAAGGACAUCUUUGCCUUAUCUUCUUGCUGCUUACCGCUCUCCAGCGGAGCUUGAGAUUUUGGACAAUGAUCUCGACGCAUCCACGCCCUGUACAGUAGCUAGAAGAGCGAGCGUUGCGCAGGGAAGAGCUCUCCUGGGUGUUUGGGAGAAAUCCUAUCGUCCAUCUUAUCUUCUCAAAGGUAAUCAUAAUAACACGAACAAGGCUACUAACCGGCUCAGCGCCGAGGCUCAAUCUGCCGUAGCGGCAAUUGAGGAAUUUUCCGAAGCGUUGAAGACCAGCGGAUUCGACAACAUUUCUUUAGGCCCUAACGGCCAUUUCGCUCCGUUAUGGGGUGCUGUAUGUGCUGCAAUGGGUAUUGAGAUGGGUCUAACUGCAUAUACCUUCAUGUUAAAUCAUGCAAAAGCAGUUCUGAGUGCCGCUGUGCGAGCAUCAGUCAUGGGGCCUUAUCAAGCUCAGACCAUUCUUGCAAGCGAUGAAAUCCGAGAUCUGAUUAAUGAGCGGAUACGACAUGAUUUUGAUACGAAACCUGAAGAUGCUGGUCAGAUUGCGCCGGUAUUGGAUCUAUGGUUAGGAAGACAUGAGCUGCUUUAUAGCAGAAUAUUUAACUCAUGA